AUGGCAAGCUCGGUGCUGGUGGGCGCCCCGCAGGCGCAGUCGGAGUGGCAGCGCAGCGUGCACCGGGGCGGCGCCGUCUACCGCUGUCACGUGGCAAGCAGCCAGUGCGCGCAGGUGCCCUUCGACCAGUCCGACGGAAUGUCCAAACGAAGCCGGCUUAUGAAUUUUCUUAUGAUAAUUUUGAUUGCCGCCAUCCAGCCAGCAGUCAUGAUAUCAAGGGUUGAAUUCCUACCUCCUGAAGAACCUUGA